AUGGAAUCACUUCUUGCAGAUCGGCUUUCUGUUGCUAGGUCCAGUGACGUGGGGGAAGAUGGUAAACUUCUGGAUUCCAAUACCCUACAGGGAAGGCACACUGCAGCGAUUGAUGGGAGGAUUGCCUUGCCGUUGAAACCCCUGAGGAGCACACGAUUCCCGCCUUCACUUAUCAAUCUACUUGCUGCGACCAUCACCUCUUUGGCAGUGGCAUAUUUGCUCCUUCGUUGUUUCGAGAGGAAUACUCUCAGCCACGGCACCACACUCAGGUUGUUAUCUUUCAGCAGAUAUCGUUCAGAAGACGAAUGUGUAUGGAUCGAUGAACCAGAUAGCGAUGACGAAGCAGAAGAGGAAGUGGAAAGUGCCUUACCAGCUGAUCUGGAGUUAUUACCCGCUUUCCCUGGGACUUCGGCUGUGUUGUAUCCACCAGAACCCGGUUCCGCUGGCGGCGUGUGGUUGGGAGUGCCUUUGAGAGCAGGAGGAGCAGAGGGAGGGUAUACUGGAAGAGUGCAAGGGAUGACAGAAGAUUUAGAGCAAUUGGAGGCAGAUGGAUGGCCGAGGUUGGCGGACAAGUCCUCUGUCAAUCCCGACGGCAUAGGCUUUCAACAUUCAGAUACCAUUCAAGCUGAAGCAGCCAAGUACGACCCCUGGAAAGACCGCAACAUUCCAGCCGACGUUGCAGAGCAACUAAAAAGGCUCCUAUGUAAAUUACGCUCCUUUUCUUCUAUUUGCCGCGAUCUCCUGAAUCGUAUGAAUUCUCGUCCAAUGAUGCGGUUUACAGCUGCAUUAAUGAAAGUGCUGACCAUGCAGCUAGGUGUCAUUUCGCUUGUCCCAAGCUCCAUUGAGCACCUACGGAUGGAGGCUGGCGAGGCCUUGAUUAAAUUAGGCACUGAAGCUGUGCAGCUUGCCGGCAAUGACCCCUUGGUGAGUCGUCACAGGGAGGCUGUACAGGACUUGAUGUUGAUGACGAAGACUGUAAUGUACCCGCGAGAGGUUGGCGAGGGUUUGGCCCCCAAAAAGUUCAAGAGCAAGAUCCUUGGAAUGUUGGGCUUCAGUUCGGUCGUAAGCUGGUACACCAUGGGGAUCGUCUUGGGUAUGUUGUUUCGCCUAAAUGAAUCAGGGGGCUACCUGACGGAUGCAUUCGUAGAGCAGCAAGCAAAGCUACUAAGUAUUUUACAGGCACAUCAGCUUGCUCGUGUCGUUCCCGACUGUGGUGUACGGUGGUAUAUUGAGAAAUCUCAGGUUAAAAUAAGUAAAGCGAUUUUCUUUACUCGUGACCAGUCCUAUCAGAGCAACAGCCUGCCUAUUCCGACAACCGCUGACUUCUCCAGCAGCCUUGAGCGUGAUAUAAAAGCGGCCGGUGAUCUUUCAUACAAGCCAACCUUUGGCCUGAAAUACAUAGAUGCCGGAAGAGGUAUAGGUGUCAGUGAUGGUGCUUCUCCCAAAGUUGAGAUACUCAGUCCCGGUAACCGUGCUAUUGGCAAAGUGCAUGUACCGUCGUCUACUGCCACAGGUGUUGGACAGGAGGGCUUGCGUGGAACGAUAGCAACCUUUCCUGGAUCCUCGGGAGACGCAUCUAGCCAAGCUACUUUAGUAUUCCAGGGCUCGGCAGGUAUGGAAACAUUGCUAGGGAGUUGGCAUUCCCCAAGGACACAACCUCAAUUUCACUCCGGUCCUGCGUAUGGUCAACAACAGCAAGGGACAAUCCAGCAUUUACCACACUUGCACGCCAGCCCCCACAAACCAGGAGGCCCACAGCCACACGGACCCCAGCCGGAGUCGCAGGCACACCACAAUGCCCAUCAUAUUCUUCGGCCACCCGUUGGUAGUGGGAUUCCUUUCAGGCAUUUUCAGGAUAAAACAGCCAGAGGUAAACCUACAUGGGAUCCUUCUCCAACAGAAGACUCCACGGGUAUGCGUGCAAGUAGUCCUACUCCCCCGAGAGUAGAAGUGCAGCCUCCGUCUCCAGCAGUUUUGCGCAUUCCUCCGUCAUACCCUUGGGAGCCCCUCAGAAGCGAACAAGGAAGAAGCAACCCCCUUCAACUGGUAUCGCAGGCAGCUUUGUCUUCACCUCAUGGGUUCCAGGGUGGUCCAGAAACUCCUUUGGGGUACCACGACGAUCCAAUGGGUGCGGCCACACGCGCACCACAUUCUUUUCUCCAUCCUGUUGUCGAAUCUAGUGCAAGGCAUAUGAAAGAUGGUCUCCAGCACCGGCCAGCGACAUCAAUGGUAUUACCAGGAGCGCCUGGUCCUGUUCAAGCCCAGCCAGUUUCUGUCGGGCUUGCAGGAUGGGGGCACCAUCCUCUCCCGCAAGGUCAGCGACAUUUUCGGCCGUCUUCAGUACCAGAUGAUCCAUAUGACGGCAUAAGACACGGAGGGAUAUUAACCGAACAUCCGCUAAUGGCACCUGGACUUGAAGGCAAUCUUCAAGCUGCUAUGACGGGUCUGAUCUUGCCGCCGCAAACGGGGGCAGGCAGCUCACAUCUAUCGCCACAAAGCUUUUCAGCUGGUCCUCCUAACGCAGGCAUUCAGCCUCCCGUGUCGUUUUUCCUCCAAUAUACGCCUGGCCCCUACUCCAUGCCUCCGUUUGCAAGUUCUUCUCUAAUGGCUUCCCCACAACGUAGCGGCACUGGUCCGCAGUUUUCACUACAGCCACCCAGAUUUCCUGCAGCUGUCUUACCGAGUACAUCGGAGCAAGCUGGGAUAUCGAGCGGAUUGGGCAUCGCAGGAAUCAUCAGUAACGCUGGAAGGGGAAGGCCCCCAUUCAACCCGUCCUUAAUGGGAUUUGCCGGCUCGUCUUACGGGCCACCGCGUACAGCCAUGCCACCAGCUUUUCAACAUGGAGUCGAGGAGGGAAUGGAGCAGAUGGAAGAAAUUCAGCAAGCGGUGGAGGCAAUGGAUCCUUUCAAGGAUGACUAA